AUGUUCCAACUGAAAAAGAGCAGUAACGCCAAAUUUAUCAAGGUUGGGGAGCUCAAGACUCCAUCCCUGGCCUUCCGGACAGAUGAUGUCAACGAGCAUGUCAAAAAAUCCUUCCGUUGCUUCGAUCUUCAGUCCCGUGACUCUUCCCCGCCAACGAUCCGGGGUCAUGCGAUGGAAUGGGAUGACUUGUCAACGUGA